UAAAAAAACAAAAAAAAAAAGUAAAUCUACUACAAUGCCAUUGUACUGCAUCUGCCUUAUCAACUCUGGUGAACUUGCCACACAAAGGGCCAGGUACUGCUUCAAGGCUGGCCAUGACAAUCGGCAAUGGACAUUUUGGGUGUACAACAUCCUGACGUUAAAUCUACUGCAAUGCCGUUGUACUGCAUCUGCCUUAUCAACUCUGGUGAACUUGCUGCACAAAGGACCAGGUACUGCUUCAAGGGUGACCAUCACGUCUCUAUUUGCAGCUUGGUAUGAUGGAAAGUCUUCCCUUCUUUKAAUGGUAGCUGCCAGUAAUCUAUUGACGUAUUCUAUAACAAAACAGCAAAAUAAGCAAAGAUCACCAUGUUCACAUUUUGGAAACAAUGUGCCAUGCCCUUCAUGGAUAUUGCAUAUGUGGUUUAAAAUGGAUAACCACUUGACCUCAACCAACUUUUCAUUCCCUCCACUUGUUGCAGCACACCAAUAAAGGUGAUUGGAGAUACUUUGUUUCCAGUAGGCUACGCCCAGCCCAACCAAGAUACCC